CCGCCCGCCCGCCAUGGUGUCGUGGAUCAUCUCCAGGCUGGUGGUGCUUAUAUUCGGCACCCUUUAUCCUGCGUACUAUUCCUACAAGGCCGUCAAGUCCAAGGACAUUAAAGAAUAUGUCAAAUGGAUGAUGUACUGGAUCAUAUUUGCCCUCUUCACCACAGCGGAGACGUUUACAGAUAUCUUCCUUUGCUGGUUUCCAUUCUAUUAUGAACUAAAAAUAGCAUUUGUAGCCUGGCUGCUGUCGCCCUAUACAAAAGGAUCCAGCCUCCUGUACAGGAAGUUUGUCCAUCCCACACUGUCUUCAAAAGAAAAGGAAAUCGAUGACUGCCUGGUCCAAGCAAAAGAUCGAAGUUAUGAUGCCCUUGUGCACUUUGGGAAGCGGGGCUUGAACGUGGCGGCCACAGCCGCUGUGAUGGCUGCCUCCAAGGGACAGGGAGCCUUGUCAGAGAGACUACGGAGCUUCAGCAUGCAGGACCUCACCACCAUCAGGGGUGAUGGCGCCCCUGCUCCCUCAGGGCCCCCUCCGCCGGGGACCGGGCGGUCCAGCGGCAAGCACGGCCAGCCCAAGAUGUCCAGGAGUGCUUCUGAGAGUGCCGGCAGCUCAGGCACCGCCUAGAACCCUUCGAUCCCGCUUCAAGAAGAAAAGUACCUCAUCCUCGGCCACUGAGACCACAUGAGUGAAAUG